AUGUCUGUCAUGGAUAUCGACUCCAUCUGGCAAUCCGCCUUUGGCGACUCUACCCGGCCCGAGCUUUACACUUCUGAAGAGCUGAAUGAGGAUGGCUUCCAACCGCUGAAUGACCCGCAAGCAUUUCUCUUAAAUAUCACUACCCUUGGCAGAAAACAGCUGUACGCCGCCAGUGCCAACAACCAGAUCGCCAUGCAACAGGCCCAGGACGAAUACCUGGAUUUGGAACGACAAAUCGCAAACCUCAAAGGGAAGAAUCAUGCGAAGAACCCUCAGGCGCUACCGGAGCAAGACGUUUUCAAUGAACGCAAGGAGGCCGCCUUGUACAACUACAAGUACGAUCCGAACCGGCCGGCAUUGCUCCAUGCCGGCAUCCCGGGCCUGAGGCAUGCCGACGAUCUCACUGAACGCGAAAAGCAUGAGGUGCGACUGUUCCAGGAACCGUUCGAACAAGGUGGCUUUGUCCCCAAGGAGCGGGAGUACAAAGCCAAGUUGGCCAAUGCCCGAAACCCAAAGAACAUCGAUGGCUGGGUUCCCGUCGUCAAAGACGGCAAAUCCCUCAUUCCUAAGCUGCAGACUCACCAUGACGAGUACAACAUUACAUAUGUCAGGCGAAACGUCGAUGAGAAUGGUGAAAUCAUUCGACCUCAGACUCCAACGAGCGAGGUUUCGGGCGAAGCGCCAUCCAAGCCUGUGGACAAGCGUCUGACCCGAACCCGGUUUGACGGGAAGAAGCAUCCGCCCACGCGGGAGGUGUCGGAAGUUCCAUCGAGCCCGUCAACCCCUGGCCAGAAGCGAGCGAAUACCCCUGCAGUCGACGGCGGUGAAGACACACCAAAUGCGAAACGCCAGAGACUCAAUACUCAAAGCAAACCAAAACAACCACACCCAAACCAGUACACCAAGGCAAGAGAGGCACAAGAGUCGGCGAUGAGCACGUCCGCAACUGAAGAUGGUCCGGCUUCUGGAACGGCCAAGACAUCCUGGGAAGGGCUGUCACCGGCUUCAUUACGCGCUCGUAAAUGGACAGAUGAAGAAUUAGUCGAGGCAGUCAAGCAUGACCACUUGUGGCUACACGACGAUCCAGACCAGGCUGAAGAUUGGAAAGAAAAGAUCAUCAAUGGGGUCAAUCCAGUCCGAAGCUUCAGCAUGUUCAAAAAGUGGGCAUACUGGAAGGCGGCGAAUAAGGACAAGAGACCUCGAGGUAAAAAAAAUCUACCGGACAACCAGCCCGACGAAACUUCAAAGCCGAAACGAGCACCGACGAAGCCCAAGGCACGGUCGGCUAAUGGCCGAAUUAUACUUCCCACUGCACCAAUUGACGGGACAAUCGAGGUGCUAGGAGCUCGGGAGACAGUGAAGCGAGCUGUUGGAACAAAGAAAGAAUGGAAUAGAUCAGGGCAGCUGGAAGUCAAACACCCAUUGAAUCAUGAUGAGGCGGAGGAGGACCAGGAGGAAGAAGAGGAAGAAAAAGGAAAAGAUGAUGAUCAUCAACCUCUCCGUUCCGAUAUGGAGAUGAUACAGGGAUCGAGAACACAAGCUGAUGUCUCGUGGCAAAACGAUACCGAGUUGAAUGACAGCUUGUGCUCGAGAGCAAGUUUGAAACAGGAGGAAAGCGAUUCAAUCACUGUGGAUGACAUCACGCCUCCAAAGAGGCGGUCUCUACGGAAAACGAGGCGGACAAGCACCUGA